AUGCUCAUCGGCAAGCUAGGCAACUACUUCUUUUCUUUUCUUUCAAUCGUUUCGCCUCUGAAAUGGGCAUGGAACUUCUUGCUUCUUUACUCCUUGUUGCCUUCUCACAUGCCAGGAAUUGGUGAAGAUCUUAAGCUAGGGAGGUGCAACUACUACAAGCAAGAGUCGGGCGAGGAAGUGGUUGAAUGUGCUAUUUGUCUAUGCAAUAUUGAUGACGAUGAAGAGAUUAGAGAGUUGAGAUGUGACCAUCUUUUCCAUAAAGUUUGCUUGGAUAGAUGGAUUGGAUACCGGAAUUCAACUUGUCCCAUUUGUCGCAGUUGUAUGACUCCUCGGAGGCUAGUUACUGGCAUGGAAGUGAUACUUUUCAAUUAUGUUUCUUUUGAUGAUUGCCGCCACCGGGAUGCCUGGUGGCUUCGUUGA